AUGGCACCAGAAAACCAAACAAAAUUCAUUGAAUUUAUCCUCCUGGGAUUUUCUGAGACACCAGAGCAACAAAGGGCCAUCUUUGGGCUGUUCUUGGGCAUGUACUUGGUCACUGUAUUUGGAAACAUACUCAUAAUGUUGGCUGUUGGCUCUGAUUCUCACCUCCACACCCCCAUGUACUUUUUCCUUUCUAACCUGUCCUUUGUAGAUCUCUGUGUGGUAUCUACCACGGUACCCAAGAUGUUAGUGAGUAUCUUGACACAAAACAAGGCCAUCUCCUAUGCUGGCUGUCUUGCCCAGAUGUAUCUAUUUAUCGUUUUUGCUGGUUUGGACAAUUUCCUUCUCACUGCAAUGGCCUAUGACCGUUUUGUGGCUAUCUGUCACCCUCUGCGUUAUACAUCCAUUAUGAGUCCUGAGCUGUGUUGCCUGCUGGUGCUGCUCUCCUGGAUACUAAGUCUUCUCGAUGCCCUUCUUCACAGUCUGAUGGUGACAAGGCUCUCCUUCUGCAUCCCUAUGGUGCCAGGAAACCAAACACAAAUCACUGAAUUCAUCCUCUUGGGAUUUUCUAAGAAACCAGAGCAGCAGGGGCCCCUCUUUGGGCUAUUCUUGGGCAUGUACUUGAUUGCCGUUGUUGGAAAUUUGCUCAUAAUAUUGGCCAUUGGCUCUGAUUAUCAUCUCCACACCCCCAUGUAUUUCUUUCUUUCCAAUCUGUCCUUUGUGGAUUUCUGUUUGGUAUCCACCAUAAUCCCCAAGAUGCUGAUGAAUAUCUUGACACAAAGCAAAGUCAUCCUCUAUGUUGAUUGUCUUGCCCAGAUGCAUUUUUUUAUAGUUUUUACUAGUCUGGACAAUUUUCUUCUCACUGCAAUGGCCUACGACCGUUUUGUGGCUAUCUGUCACCCUCUACACUAUACAGUCAUCAUGAGCCCUAGGCUCUGUGUCCUACUAUUUUCACUCUCCUGGAUAUUAAGCCUUCUAAAUUCCUUCCUUCACAGUCUGAUGGUAAUGCGACUCUCUUUCUGUAAAGACCAUGAAAUUCAGCACUUCUUUUGUGAUCUUGAUCAGGUUCUGAAACUCUCUUGUUCUGACACCCUUAUUAAUUAUAUUUUUAUAUAUACUGCAAUUGGAUUGCUGGGCAUUAUACCCCUCACAGGGAUAGUUUUUUCUUAUAGUCAGAUCUGUUGUUCCAUUUUGAAAAUCCCAUCUGCUGGGGGUAAAUAUAAAGCCUUUUCUACCUGUGGAUCUCAUAUCUCUGUUGUUUCCUUAUUCUAUGGCACAGGGCUUGGAGUCUAUAUCUGCUCUUCAAUUACCCAAUCUUCCUGGAAGAGCACAGUUGCCUCAGCACUGUAUACUGUGGUCACUCCCAUGUUGAACCCCUUUGUUUAUAGCCUGAGGAAUAAGGAAAUAAAAGAUGCCUUGAGGAGGAUAAUUAGAAGAAUAACCUCAUCUCAGUGA